AUGGUCGGGGUCACAGGCCAGGUUCAGCAGGUAGCAAGCAGCGUAGUACAGAGGGUCAGGCAGAGGGAUGGUCAGGGUCACAAGCCAGGGAUCAGAACAGGAGAAGUCAGCAGCAGUUCAGAUCAGGCAGGGUCAGCAAAGGAACAGAAACAGGAUGCAGGACAGAUACAGGGCCCAGGACAAACACAACACCAAGGCAGAGUCUGUGGGUCUGGCCAUCCCUUAAAUCCACCCCAGCAUAAUCAGUUCCAGGUGUUAGCUGGCUGCAAAGUUGAGUCUCUAAUUGCUGGGAGCACCCGCUGGCCAGCCCUGGUACUGCAGCUCAUAAGGCAGCUGAGUCCCACUAUUGCUGGCCAGUCCAUUCCUGACAAAAGUAUCCCAAUCUUCCUCCCA